AUGGUCAGUGUGAACACGCCCCUUGGGGCUCCAGUGGAGAGUCCUUAUGACACAUCCCCAUCAGAAGGUGCUAACCUCAACGCGACCAACAACCUGGGUGUCAGUGCCCUGUGCGCCAUCUGUGGAGACCGGGCCACAGGCAAACACUACGGCGCCUCAAGCUGCGAUGGCUGCAAGGGCUUCUUCCGGAGGAGCGUGAGAAAGAACCACAUGUACUCCUGCAGAUUUAGUCGGCAGUGCGUGGUGGACAAAGACAAGAGGAACCAGUGCCGCUACUGCAGGCUCAAGAAGUGCUUCCGGGCUGGCAUGAAGAAGGAAGCCGUCCAGAAUGAGCGGGACCGGAUCAGCACUCGGAGGUCAAGCUAUGAGGACAGCAGUCUGCCCUCCAUCAAUGCGCUCCUGCAGGCGGAGGUCCUGUCCCAGCAGAUCACCUCCCCUGUCUCUGGGAUCAACGGAGACAUCCGGGCAAAGAAGAUCGCCAGCAUUGCUGACGUGUGCGAGUCCAUGAAGGAGCAGCUGCUGGUGCUCGUUGAGUGGGCCAAGUACAUCCCAGCUUUCUGCGAACUCCCCCUGGACGACCAGGUGGCCCUGCUCAGAGCCCACGCCGGCGAGCACCUGCUUCUCGGAGCCACCAAGCGCUCCAUGGUGUUCAAGGACGUUCUAUUACUAGGAAACGACUACAUCAUCCCCCGACACUGCCCGGAGCUGGCAGAGAUGAGCCGGGUGUCCAUGCGCAUCCUGGACGAGCUGGUGCUGCCUUUCCAGGAGCUGCAGAUCGAUGACAAUGAGUAUGCCUGCCUCAAAGCCAUCAUCUUCUUUGACCCAGAUGCUAAAGGUUUGAGUGACCCGGGUAAGAUCAAGAGGCUGCGGUCCCAGGUGCAGGUGAGCCUGGAGGACUACAUCAAUGACCGCCAGUAUGACUCACGUGGCCGCUUCGGCGAGCUGCUGCUGCUGCUGCCUACCCUGCAGAGCAUCACCUGGCAGAUGAUUGAGCAGAUCCAGUUCAUCAAGCUCUUUGGCAUGGCCAAGAUCGACAACCUGCUGCAGGAGAUGCUGCUGGGAGGAUCCGCCAGUGAUGCAACUCAUGCCCAUCAUCCCCUGCACCCUCACCUGAUGCAGGAACACAUGGGCACCAACGUCAUUGUUGCCAACACGAUGCCUACUCACCUCAGCAAUGGACAGAUGUCCACCCCUGAGACUCCACAGCCCUCACCACCAGGUGGCUCAGGGUCUGAGCCCUACAAACUCCUGCCAGGAGCCAUCACCACAAUUGUCAAGCCCCCCUCUGCCAUCCCCCAGCUGACUAUCACCAAGCAAGAAGUCAUCUAG